GAUGGCGCUGUGUGGCGGCGGCGCGGCGGAGCGCGGGCGGCGGCGGGCGGCGUGACCCCACCGGGGGGCGGCCGCGCUGAAUGGGGCCGGGGGCCGGCUGGCAUGGAGGGGGUCCUGUACAAGUGGACCAACUACCUGAGCGGCUGGCAGCCUCGGUGGUUCCUUCUCUGUGGUGGCAUCCUGUCCUAUUAUGACUCUCAGGAAGAUGCUUGGAAGGGUUGUAAGGGAAGCAUCCAAAUGGCUGUUUGUGAAAUUCAAGUUCAUCCUGCAGAUAACACACGAAUGGACCUGAUAAUCCCAGGGGAGCAGUACUUCUAUCUGAAGGCAAGAAAUGCAGUUGAAAGGCAAAAGUGGCUGGUUGCACUUGGAACUGCCAAAGCCUGUCUGACUGACAGCAGGACACAAAAGGAAAAAGAGUUCACUGAAAACACAGAAGCCUUGAAGACCAAAAUGUCUGAACUUAGACUGUACUGUAACCUCCUUGUUCAGCAAGUGCAUAAAACAAAGGAAGCCAGCAUUUCUGGUGUGUCAGAACCAGAGAGUGAGAUUGAUAUGGGAGCUCUGUUGAAAUCAACCUGUGACACUUUCCUGAAGACUCUUGAAGAAUGUAUGCAGAUUGCGAAUACUGCCUUCACUUCUGAGUUACUGCAUCAGACCCCUCCUGGAUCCCCAAAUUUAGCAGUUCUCAGAAUGAGCAAGGUAAAGCACUCUGUCUUGUCCAGUCACACCUCGACAGAAAGGCAGGUGGAAUUGAACCCCUGUGAAAAUGGCUGUGUAAAAGGAGAAAUUAAGCAUCAAGAGCAAGCAGUUAUUAAAAGUUUGGAAUGUUUAAACUUGGAAACAAAUGAGAGGGCUGGUGAUGUUUAUGUUGAAGAUCAUGUAGCAAAGGAUUUGGCAAGCAUUAAAGACAAUGGAGAGGACAAGCUGCAAGCUGUAGAAGGCUGUGGUGCCCACAAGUUGCUGCAGUCAGAAACAAAUUCUUUAAGUGGAUUGACUCUGUGUGAGGAAGAAAGAAAUGAAAAUGAUUCUCCUACUUUUUUCAGUGUCAUGAGCAAUAGGUUCAGUGAUAUUGAGCUUCAGGAGGAAGAGGGCAUACCAACAGAGGAGUUCCUGGAGUCAUGUUAUGCAAUUGUGCCUGUUCUGGACAAGCUGGGACCAACUGUUUUUGCUCCAGUUAAAAUGGAUUUUGUAGGCAAUAUCAAGAAAAUAAACCAGAAAUUUAUAACCAACAAAGAAGAGUUUGAUACCCUUCAGAAGAUUGUGCUCCAUGAAGUGAACGCAGGGGUAGCCCAAGUUAGAAACUCUGCUACAGAGGCUCUCCUAUGGCUGAAAAGAGGUUUAAAGUUCUUGAAAGGGUUUUUGACGGAAGUGAAGAAUGGGGAAAAGAAUAUCCAAACAGCUCUGAACAAUGCUUAUGGAAAGACAUUACGGCAGCACCAUGGUUGGGUUGUCCGCGGGGUCUUCGCGUCUUGCAGGGCUAGUAAAUGAAGAAAAAAGAGGCUUUCAAGUUGCUUUUUUGAAGAUUGAUCUCUCUUUGAAUAUGAUGAACAUUCAGACAAGGUUAGUGCAGUGUGUGUGGGGAGUUGGAAGUGGAAUAUAUUGGCUACAGGAAAUUUUUCGUCCAGUCUGGCAGCUCCCCCUUGUGUCUGUCAGGGAAAAUUAUCACUGAAAUUACAGAAGGAAAAAGGAAAACCUCAUGCAGACAAUCAUAACUUUGAGAGAAGCAGAAUUGUUGGAGAGAGCUUUCUAAAGAGCAUGUUGAGAAUCUGGUGAUGGUGUGUAACACUGGGUUGGGAGCUCCCCUAACAAACUACACUUUAUUUGGGGGUUGUAUUUAAUUAAUUCCUCAUGUGCUCAAUUUAUUUAUACAAAAUAUGAUACACAAACACUUUCUAAAAGCUGGCAUCUCUGAAGAUAUCUUUAACUGGGGAUCUACACAAAAAUAAUAAAAAAUAAAUGUUCUAUAAAGUUAACCUUCCUUCUAGUUAAAAUUCUCAUAGUUUAAUCAUGUACAUGUGAUUAAAUUGAAGCUAUGCAGUCUAAAUGCAAAGAGGGAAGUCUUAGAAGUUUUUAAUGGCUUUAGUUGUAUUUCUUUUCCCAUUAUGUGUUGCAAAUCUAAAAGCUUUUUUUCCUGUCCCAGUUAGCUUUAAGAGCAGCUCCAACGUAUGAAGAUUUUGUGGCAGCUCUGUCUGUAGAUGAGUGCAAUCCUCAGGAAGAAACAUUUUACAAAGGAAUGCAGAGAGACCUCAACAUUUACUUACCAGCCAUGGAAAAGCAGCUAAAUAUCUUGGACACUCUCUAUGAAGUACAUGGGUUAGAGUCAGAUGAGGUGGUAUAACUACAGCAAGACCACAUCUUAAAAAUUCAGGGACUGUGUCUGUUAACAAAGAUUUCUUCCAUUUUGGUUUUGGGACAUCGUUUCUGUUCAUUUUUUGUAUCUUUUCAGGUGGGAAGGGUGUUGAGUGUUCUGGGAGAAGGGUAUGUGUGAUUUUUAUCUUUUCAUUACACUUGUGUUGCAUUUAAAUGCAGAGGUACUGUCUCACUUUGGAUCAUUACUAUGUCUGUGAUGAAUGUUUUUGACUGUUUCUCUUCUGCCUGUGCACCUCCUCUUCUCUUCACCUCAUAAAAGUAACAGAGCAGCAUUUGGCCUUUGCUGCUGUACCUGAGGAGAGACCUGCUGAGCUGUUGGGCCAUCAACAUGGCACCCAGGCAGGUGCACCUGCCUCUGACUUUCCCAUUCCCUGUGCCCACUCCCUGGUGUAGGAGGAUAGUGAGCGUUAUUGUUACCCUGGUAGCAGAAGAGAAGGACAGCUAAACACCAGCUUAUAAUGCAGUGAGUUUGUCCCUCAAUUUGGGUUGAAGCUCUUAAUGCAAAGAAUAUAUUUGCAUGACAUAAAUAUUUAUUAAAUUAAAUAAGCAUUUUAAUCCAAAUAUUACCGAGAUCUUCACUACAGGUCUAUGUGGCUGGUGGUCUGAGUGGCCCCAAGGUCUAGCCUUUGAAACAGGAUUUUGUGUUCCCUGACCAGCUCCCAGUGUGUGCUGUGGCUUCCCUGCCAUAAAAACCUUUUAGGUUUUAGGGGUUUCUUGAAUCAAAUUCAUGCAAAACUGUAAUACUUGCUUUUGAGUUGAGUACAGCUAGCAAUUUGAAAAGCAGAUAUCAUUAAAAUCCUUCCUAGACUGUCAUUAUGGGCAGAAACUUCAUGCAAGUGGACAUGAAAUGAGUAAAGUAUAGGGGAAUCUAAAAUUUGUGAUGGAGCUAUUAAACAUGGGACCAAUUACAAAUCUUGAAUUUUGAAAUUAUUUAGAAGUGACUAAAAAUUAAGAAAGAUUUCCCCUUUUUCCCAUUUUAGUGAUACAGAUAAAAAUGUGUCUGUUAGCAUCUCAUUCCUGUCUAUGUACACAACCAGGACUAUCCUGACCCAGGUGCAGAAUCUGGCACUUGCCCUUGCUAAACUUCAUGCGUUUGGUGAUUGCCCCUCUCCAAUUUGUCAGAGUCUCUCUGCAGGGUCUCCCUGCUCUCAAGGGAAUCUCAGUUUAGCUUGUCCCAAUUUGGUAUUAUUGGCAAACUUACAUAGCAUCUCUUCCAGUCCUGUGUCCAAGUCAUUUAUGAAGAUGUUGAAAAGCACAGGACCAAAGAUGGGGCCAUGUGGAACUCCACUAGGGAGAGGACAUCAGCCUGAUGAGUCACUACACCCAUUUGUGCCCAGCCCAUGAGCCAGUUGCUCACCGAUCAUGUAACGUGGUUAUUGAGCUGUGUGCUGGACAUCUUGUCCAGAAGGAUACUGUGAGAGACAGUGUUGAAAGUGUUGAAAGUUUUGCUGAACUCCAAAAAGAUGACAUCAGCUGGCUUUCCUAGAUAAGUAGGUUACCCUGUCACAGAAGGAAAUCAGUUUCGACAAUCAGGACUUCCUCUCAUGAAGCUGUGCUGGCUGUGACCAAUGACUGCAUUAUCUUUCACGUGUUUUUCAAUACCUCCCAGAAUAGUCCUUCCCAUGAUUGUACUUGGCACUGAAGUGAGACUGCCAGGCCUGUAAUCUCCAGGGCCCUUCUUCCCCUUCUUGAAAAUCAGGACAAUGCUUGCCAGCUUCCAGUCAGCUGGGACACCUCCAGAAUCCCAAGAGACUGUUUAAAUAGUGUGACUUCUUGCUCUGUCUUCUUCUUUGGGUUUUACCCAUCUGUAAUUCCUAGGUACUCAAGAGGGAUCAGAAAUAAUCAGGUUUUAGUUUUGUGGAUUUUCUUAAGUUUGUGUAUGAGUACAUAGUCAAAACUUUUGACCAAAGCUCUGUUUAAUUAUGUCACUGCUCACAGUGUUAAAAAUGAAGCUGAGAGCUUUUGGAAUUUGGUUGUCUGCUGCUUCUAAGCAUGAAUCCAAAGAAACCACCCCUUAGGAAAACAACCAACUUUCCACCCUGUGUGGUUUCCUCACAGUUUUCAGCUGUUCUGUGGGAAACUUCACUGUAACAGUUUCUAGUUGAAUGGUCUGGAAAGAUAAUGGAGACCACAUUUCUACGGAAUACCAACUAGGAUAUGGGAAGACCAGGAAGAGAUCCCUCUUCUCUAGAAAUUAACUGUCAGAUCACUAAAAAAAUUGAAUUCCUUUUUGUUCUUAAGUUUUUCUAGUAGUAGGAAAGUAUAUUCAGCUCAGAGUAUUUGGAAGUAUUUUUGGGGUUUCUGUUUUGUUUUGGUUUGUCUUUUAACUAGCAGGAGAACCACUAGUUUGUUGGGUGUGCAUCAGAUGUAAAAUUUGUUUCAAAAAGUCAGAAGGCUUUAUUUUGUAGGCAAAGAACAGCUUCAUUCGGCCACUAGCUCCAGUGAAUAUGUUCUACCUUUCUUCUGUGAUCCAACAAGCAAGGAGAAUGUUCCACAUUAAAUGUUCUCUAAUUGGCAUGGCAUCCUGCUUCAGGGCAGGCUUUCUCAUCUUGCUCUUUUGUGUAAAGUUAUUUUUUUGAACUCUGGAAUUGGUGCUUGAGAAUGCUUUUAGGAGACCGUGGCUCCAGGAGACGCCUCUGUGCUUGUUGUUAAACAGGGGCCUUGCAGAGAAUGGAUUGAGCAAGGUCUCCUUGCCUUCAAAACUUGCACUUCUCCAUGCACUGCUCUUGCAGAGCAUUGAGCACUUCUAAGACUUCUGAAUGCUAUCUUUGCAGUCAAACCACUACUGAGAAAGAAACCCAUACAGCACGUUGCAGAGCUGAACUCCAAGUUGCACUUCUCAGGAUGUAGUAGGCCAGAUGACCAAGUGGAAGCAAAUGCACUGGUAGAUAACUCACUGUCUUUUUCUGUGGUGUCAGUUUGGCAAGCAGAGAGGAUGGCAUUAGAAUAAUUGUAGAGAACAAGCAACUAAUUUUUGGCCUUCAAAUUUAGAAUUGGACAGAAGGUCGGUGUUUUCUGUUUCAUCUCUUUGGUUUGUUGAUUAGUUAGGGUUGUUUUCUUUGUUGUGUUUUUUUUUUAAUGGCUGACAUUUAUAACUGACCUGCACACUGAUAGAGAUCCAUAUGACUCUCAGAUAACAGCACCUUGGCUCUCUAUACUUUACAUGAACUGCUUUGGUUUCUUAAGUUGUGCUAGUCUGAAGUUUUGCAUCCCUUUCCUUUAGAAAUGCUUUUGGCUGUUUUCUUCAAUGUCUAACAGUUGCAUAUUCUCAGGGAUUUUACUUACCCAAGGUGAAAUAAGAGUAAUCACAGCCUUACCCUAGGCGGGGGAGAAAGGCUGCUUUUUGUGAAGUUAGCAUAGCUAAGCGUAGAAGUCUGAUACAGCAUAUGAGACAGGCAGUGUCUGUACAGUGUGCAUCCUUGCUGAGACAUGGUAAAUCCCAAAGCAAUCUGAUAGAAGUGCUGUCUAGUACUGAAUAAUUGCAAUCAGCAGAUUUGAAUAGAGAUCAUGAACACAUCUUUGUUAUAUAAAUGUCAUUGGCAUUAGAACAGAACUCUCAAUUUCAGUCGAGUUCUGCUUAGCAAUCAGAUACUUUUAUUUAUUUUAUUUGUUUUGUGUUUUUUUAUGGUUUUUAUUUUUAAAAAAAGCUGUGCUCUGGAGUCCCCUCUGCUAUUCAAAGACACCAUACUCAAUUCCAUACUGAAGUUCUGUGAUGUUACAACUGUGGAAAAUGAACUGCAUUCUCAAGUGCUUUAGUGUAAACGUAACAGUCAUUGAAACGUCUUGACACUGUUGUGCUGUGGAUCUCCCUUUAAUAGAUGCAUUUAAAGUUAAGGGCCAUGUACCUUCACUUACAAGCUUUUUCAUCAUCAGGAUUUAAGUUAACAGCUGUUUGCUUUUAAAAUCUUUCCUAGUUUGAAAAGUGUUGCUUAGUUGGUUGGACAUAUAAAAAGUAUGCCCAAAAUCUGCCCCAGGUGUUUGCAACCUGCUUUGGCAAAGGGGUCUGGGCCGUUUUAGAAAAAAAUGCUACAUAUGUCCAGAUGCUGUACCUUCUAGUUGUUUCUUUUCACUGUCACUUCAGCUUUUGUGAAAACCUUUAGGGAAGCAUAAACUGUCUUUCAGAUACCAGGAAAGAUCAUUAGCAUGUUCGUACCUGGCUGCCUUGACCCUUUUCCCCACCUGGUCCUUCCUUUCUAUCCACUGUUAUCUGCUUUGCUAUGAAAGCUGUUGCUGUCAUAGCAAAGUAGGAUGUUUUAUAAGGUAUGGAAAUAUAAACUCAGAUAUUCAGAAAUUAAUUCUUUGGCAGGCAGUGUAAAUUGGGACAUUUCAGACUUGGGUGUUCUUCCUCAUAGGAAUGAAAGCACAAGGUUUUUUUGUUUUGUUGUUUUAGUUUAUUUAUUUCUCUUCUCUUGCCUGCAUAGCACAGAUAGCAAAACAAAAAAAAAAAAAGCAGUGUGGAAAUAACUGAAUUCAUGCCUUCUUGGUACCUUCUGUAGCCCCCUGGUGAACAAACCCUGCAAACUUCUGCUUGCUCCAAGCAAUAUAAAACCUCCCUGGUGCAGGAGGGGUGUCACAAUGCACUUACUGGCUCUGAGCAAACCCAGGCCAUAGCUGAUCUUGCUCACAGUUGACACAAGGAUUUAAGCACUUGCUUUGAAGGUAUGACACAGGCGUAUGCUUCACUUACACACACGUGCACCGUCCCACUGGCAUGCAGUUCUUCAAAAUGCAGUCUUAGAUUGUCAUUUUUAAUACCCCUUUCUUGGUGUAAGAUUUCUCCCCUACAUACUUCAAAUGUGCUAAAGCUGGAUUUUUUAAAUAUGAAAUUUCCUUGUUUUCAUUUCCUUAUUUCUUCUUAACACUAUGUCAACUUUCUUUUGCAUUUCAGCAUUCAAGGAGUCCAAAAGUUAUUAAUUUCUUUAUUUAAAGCCACAUUGAAAGUUUGAGAUCUAUGUCUACUUGAAACUAAAUGAGUAAAUUGCAUUCCAGAAUGCAAUAAUUAAACUGAAAACCAAGGCAGCUUACUUUUAUGGUUUCCUUUCCUGUUUUCUUUUUCUCAAGCUAGUUUUGGGCAUACAUUUUUAUCAAUGUCAAGCUAAGUUUAAUGUAAGCCUUACUUUGCAUAUUAAAAUAUAUACAUACUGGAAUAGAUUUAAAAACAAAGCGAAGGUAUAUUGCCUCAUACUUUAAAAUUACUGAAUUCUAAGGGCUUGUUCGUGCUGCCCAAAUCACCUCUCAGUGUAAACUUUGCACAAAUUGUGCUGUCAUAAGCAGUUCAAUCUGAAAUACUAUGAAGUUUCCAGUCUGCAUCAUCUCUCAAAUCAUACAGUGUCUGUCUCUUCUUUUGGAGCAUUUUUAAGACUUUGACAGACUUUUAUAUUAUUUCAUUGUAAUAAACUUAUUUUAAAUAAGCAUGUUUUUAAAUCUUGUCUUCUCCUUGCACAGAUUUUGUUUCUUUUAUUACAAUUUAGGGCCUAAAGUGCUCUUCAGGACUCCAUUUGUUAUGGUUACUGUGUGAACAGUUGAAACCAGUAUGUUUCUGGUGACAGAAACUGCCUGUAUGUAUCUUUGUAUGAAGAAUGUUAACACACAUGAAGCCUGUUCAGACUGUGAGAAUAAAAGCUGUGUCUGGCAAA